AUGGCCUUACUUCUUUUGGGCGGUGAACAAGGACAUCGACAGAUAACUGACGAGUAUUUCGUCGGACUGAGCUUCAUUCAUGUGGCUCGUUUUCGACAAACUUUCCGAACAAUGGAUGCAGAAAGGAAGGAGGCUUACGCGCACAGUUGUUUAUCAGAGAAACGGUUACAGACUCUUGGAGAGGGGAGCAAAACCCUAAUAUGCAUCCUGUUAACAAAACUAAAUAUCCGUCUUCACCUUGAACGCGUCUUCCUGAACUUUGCUGGAUAUUCAUUCAAUGUUACUCAAAUGCAAGAAAAUGCUACGAAGCCAAUAUACAAUUCUGUAAUAGAUUUCUCUUUCCAAAAAGACGCGAAUCGGAGUUACGCGAAAACACUUCUCAGAUGA